GGGCUCCUUUGGCUUCGAUGACCAGACCAUGGAUACCAACAUGCUGCUCAACCAGCUCAUGGCCGAGGUCAGCACCAAUGUCGACGAGCAGGGCGCCUGGUCCCAGUGGUGGCCGACCAUGCAGGAGGUGGAACUGCCAGAGGGUGUGCCGCUGCUCAUGUAAUGCGUGUGUUGACGACGAUAGUCAGACUCGCUGUAGGAGCUCCACCUCAGCCAUCGGAUCUCGGGUCUGAGACGAAGUCCAAGUCAAUAAAAGACACCGGCAUCCGUCUAUCAGACCUUCCUCGGACGCACUCACACAAGACUCCCCAGCGACAUGACUUCCCACCCAACGGGAGACGAGUUGUCCCAGCCAACACCACCCACAGAGGAAUCGCCCUCCUCCUACAUUCCAGGCCGCCUUCUCCACCGCUCCUUUACCCACCACCCGGCCUCCGUACUCUCAGCCAAGGCAUCAACACUCUUCCUUUCUGACGGCCGGUCCAUCCUCGACGCCUGCGGUGGUGCCGCCGUCGCCACCAUUGGGCACGGCCACCCGUCCGUCCUCGACGCCAUCAGCCGCCAGGCGCAGGAUGUGUCCUACGUACACACACAGGCCUUCACGACCCCCGCCGCCGAGGAUCUCGCCAAUCUCCUCCUCGAGGGUCAGCCCGGCGGUCUGGACAUGGCCUUCUUCGUCGGCUCCGGCUCCGAGGCCGUCGAGGCGGCCAUGAAGCUCGCCCGGCAGUGGCACUUUGAGCGCGGCGAGACGCAGCGCGUCCACUUUGUCGCCCGCCAGCAGGGCUACCACGGCAACACCAUGGCGAGCAUGUCCCUCUCCAGCAACGUCGCCCGCAAGAUCCCCUACCAGGGUUUCUCGUACCCGCACGUCACGCACGUGUCCCCGCCUUUUGCGUACCGGUACCAAAGGGACGCGGAGAGCGAGGAGGACUUUACCAAUCGCCUCGUGCAGGAGGUGGAGGAUGAGUUCCUCCGGAUAGGAACGGACAAAGUCAUCGCCUUUGUGGGCGAGACCGUCAUUGGCGCCACGGCAGGGUGCGUCACUCCUCCCAAGGGGUACUGGGCCGGGGUCCAGGCCGUGUGUCAGAAGUAUGGCAUCCUCCUGAUCCUGGACGAGAUCAUGUGCGGCUCCGGACGCUGCGGCGCGCCCUUUGCCUUUCUGCAAGAGGAUGUGCAGCCCGACAUUGUCACCGUGGCCAAGGGCCUCGGCGGUGGCUACGCACCCAUUGCCGGCGUGCUGAUGAACCGAAAGGUCACGGACGUGAUCAGGAAUGGCAGCGGGGCCUUUGUCCACGGACACACAUACCAAGCCCACCCUCUAUCGUGCGCCACAGCACUCGAGGUGCAAAAGGUGAUCAGGCGCGAGAACCUCAUCUCGCAAUGUGCACAGAUGGGCAAGUUGCUGGAGGAACUGCUGCGGAGAGAAAUAGGGGGGUUGAAAUCAGUCGGCGACAUAAGAGGUCGAGGGCUCUUUUGGGCUGUCGAGUUCGUGCAAGAUAAAAAUACCAAAGCACCAUUCGAUCCCAAGAUUGGGUUCGGUGUCAAGGUGCAGCAAGAUGCGUUUGAGAGGGGCGUCGCUAUAUACCCAGGCGCGGGCACGAUCGAUGGCCGCAGGGGAGACCAUGUACUGCUGGCGCCGCCGUUCAACAUCACACGAGGAGAGUUGGAGACAGUGGUCGAGGUGCUCAGAGAGUCAAUCAUGUCACAAGAAGCAUUACACGGAUAAACAAUACUUUCUUGAUAUAGACUAUAGUCUAGGUACGUUUCCUUAGGCAGCGUUGUUGUUGCUACAAGUGCCCACC